AUGGCGGAGAUCCGACAGCUUGAGUCGGACUAUGCCAUGUUACACCACUACCACUACUUCUACAAGUACCACCUCUUCAACAACUACCACUACAACUAUCACUACUUCAGCAACUACAACUACUUCUGCAACUACCACAACUGUAUCUACAACUACUUCAACAACAACUACCACUACAACUACAACAACUCCUUCUACAACUACCUCUGCAACUACCACAACUGUAUCUACAACUGCCUCAACAAGUACCAGUACUUUUUCAACUUCCAAUACUUCCACAACUACCAAUACUUCUACAACUACCACUACAACUACAACUACUUCUACAACUGCCACUACUUCGACAACUACCACAAUUUCUACAACUACCCCCUCUUCAACAACUACCACUACUUCUACAACUGCCACUACUUCUGCAGCUACAACUACUUCUGCAACUACCACAACUUCUACAAUUACUUCUACAACUGCCACUACUUCUUCAACUACCACUACUUCUACAACUACCACUAA